AUGUUUGAUAUCCCCAAAGAUUAUAAUGUAUUGAUUGAAAGAAUUCAGGAUACAACUACUAAUAUACAAAAGACUCGGAAUACUAUUACAAUCCGAGACGGGGAAGAAAAGAAUUCCUAUAUUAGUGAGCCGGUUGCAGAUAAAUAUUUAGAGAAUAAUGCAUUUAAAGAUACAAAGAAUAAUUUAUCUCUAUCUACUACUAUUGUUAAUGACAAACUACUCAAUGGACUUCUAAGUUCCUCAUUUGAAGAAGCAUCGUGCAUUAGUAGAUUUCAGUCUUAUUUGUAUCAGAAAGUUUCUCCUUACAAACCUUCUAAAUAUUUGAUAUCCAAGUUACGAAACUAUGAACAUCUUCAUCAAAGUUGUGGACCUUAUACUACAUCCUACAAUGAAACUAUAAAAGAGGGUGCAAAAGUUAGCAAAAAUGGUGUUGAUUCAAAAUGCAAAUAUUUUAUAUGGACAGUUGAAGAUGGCUUAGGAAACAGAAUGAUAUCCAUGGUUUCAGCAUUUCUUUAUGCAAUCCUUACAGAUCGUGUUCUUCUUGUUAGAUUUGGUGAUGAUAUGUUGAAUCUCUUUUGCGAGCCAUUUCCUAAUUCUUCAUGGUUAUUGCCCAAGAAUUCUCCUUAUUGGAAUGAUCUGAAACAAUUUGAAACACACAAAAUCAUCUUUAUUGAUAACAAGGAAAACAAUUCACGAGAGCUUUUGCAACCAGCUCUUGUUAUUAAUUUAAGACACACCCAUGCUGGCCCUACUAAUCGGUUUCAUUGUGAUAAAAAUCAGCAUCAUUUACAAAAGAUUCCUGUACUCAUUCUACAGUCAAAUGAAUAUUUUGUCCCUACUCUUUAUAUGGUGUCCUCAUUUAGAGAAGACUUCGACAAAAUGUUUCCUGACAAAGACACUAUUUUUCAUCAUCUUGGACGCUACCUUUUUCAACCAUCAAAUGUUGCAUGGGAACGAAUUCGAAAUUUAUAUGAGGAACACUUGGCUAAGGAAAAUGAAAGGAUUGGCUUGCAGAUUAGAGUAUUUAAUACUCGUCAAGCACCACCACAAACCGUUAUCGAUGAAAUUAUAUCUUGCACCCAUCAAAAUAAGUUGCUGCCAAAAUUCAACAUGCAUAACUUAAGGACUCUUCCUUUGAAAGAUAAUACCUCAAAAGUUGUUCUAGUUGUAUCUUUAUACUCAAAAUAUGGUGAAGGGUUAAAGAGUCUAUAUCAAAAUAAUACAACUUUGAGUAGAGAAGUAAUAAAAGUAUAUCAGCCAAGUCAUGAAGAGCAUCAGAAUUCACGUAAUAGCAUGCACAACAUUAAGGCAUGGACUGACAUAUAUUUGUUGAGUUUGUGCAAUUCAUUGGUUACAAGCACCUUUUCCACUUUUGGGUACGUUGCCAGUAGUCUUGCAGGUUUGAAGCCACUGAUUUUGAAAAAUGUAUAUGGUAAAAAAGUUCCGAAUCCACCUUGUGAACAAGUCAAGUUUGCGAACGAGUUCGGACUUUGCGAGUUGACCCAGUUCAGGCGCGGUUCAGUGGAGAGGAAUCGGAUCUUCGGUUCUGGAUUCAGAUCUCGAGGCUUUGCUGGCGGCGCCGAAGAAGGAAGCGGAAAUGAGACGGUGGAUUAUGCUUUUUAUUUAGGUGUUUCGCAAUUGGGGUUACGAAGAGGGCAACGCCUGAAGCAAAACGGAGCUGCAACACAUUACGGAAAGAACGUUAGUCUCACUGAGAGAGAAUAUCUUCCGCCAACCCAAACGCUGCGUUUUGUUGCUGGAAAGCCUCAUAGGAUGGCUAAUGUAGAGAAGAGUUUCCAGAGUUUCAGAACGUUGAUAGUUGUAGCUUCUAUAACUUUUCCCAUUUUGAUAAUAUUUUAUCUCACACACCAAAAUCCAAUCUUUGAUAUCUUUCAAGGAAUCCAGAAUAAUACUACUAAUAUUUGCGACUCAGUUGCAAGUGCAAAGAAUAAUACAUUUGAAGAUGAGAAGAAUGAUGAGAAGUUGUUUGGUGGACUUUUAGUUUCCUCGUUUAAUGAAUCAUCAUGUGUUAGUAGGUUUCGAUCUUAUUUGUAUCGGAAAGCUUCUCCUUUCAAACCAUCUGAAUAUUUGAUAUACAAGCUACGAAACUAUGAAAAUCUUCAUCGAAAUUGUGGACCGUAUACUAAGUCCUACAAUGAAACCAUGAAAGAUGGUGCAAACUUUAGCAAAAGUGGUGUUGAUUCGAAGUGCAAAUAUCUUGUAUGGACAGCUAUAGAAGGCUUGGGGAACAGGAUGAUAUCCUUGGUUUCGACAUUUCUUUAUGCAAUCUUCACAGAUCGUGUUCUUCUUGUUAGAUUUGACAAUGACAUGAUGGAUCUCUUUUGCGAGCCAUUUCCGGAUUCAUCAUGGUUGUUGCCCAAGAAUUCUACUUAUUGGAAUGAUUUGAGACAAUUUAAAACAUGGGAUAGCAUGUUUGUGAAUAACAAGGGAAACGAUCCACAGACAACUCUUUUUCUUGAUUUGAUGAACAACAAUGUUCGUGUUACUAACCGUUUUCAUUGUGAUCAAAACCAGGUUCUUCUACAAAAUAUUCCCAUUUUGAUUUUACGAUCAAAUGAGUACUUUGCCCCUUCUCUUUAUUUGACAUACUCGUUUAGGCAAGACUUCAACAAAAUGUUUCCUGACAAAGACACUACUUUUCACCUUCUAGGACGCUACCUUUUCCACCCAUCAAAUGUAGUGUGGGAACAUAUUCAGAAUGUAUAUGAGGCACACCUAGCCAAGGAAAAUGAAAGAAUUGGCUUGCAGAUUAGGAUAUAUAAUACCCGUCAAACCCCAGAAGAAACCAUUAUCAAUGAAACUAUAUCUUGCCUCCAGCAAAAUAUGUUGUUGCCAAAAUUCAACAUGCAAAACUCAUCGAGUCCUCCUUUGGAAAAGAAUACCUCAAAAGUUGUUUUAGUGGUAUCUUUAUACUCAAAAUAUGGUGAGAGACUAAAGAGUAUAUAUGAAAGUAAUACAAGUUUAAGUCAGGAAGUAAUAAAAGUGUAUCAACCAAGUCAUGAAGAGCAUCAAAAUUCAGGUGAUAACAUGCACAACAUAAAGGCAUGGAGUGAAAUAUACUUGUUGGGUUUGUGUGAUGCAUUGGUUACAAGCCCUACAUCCACUUUUGGGUAUGUUGCUCAUAGUCUUGGAGGAAUGAAACCAUUGGUUUUGCAAAGUAUAUCUGGGAAAAGUAUCCCAAAAGUACCUUGUCAACGACUCAAGUAUAUGGAACCUUGUUUCCAUGAUCCUCCUAAUUAUGACUGUAUGGCCAAUGCCACAGUCGAUUUUACUUCUAUUUUUCAUAAUCUUAAACGUUGUGAAGAUCAAUCAAGGGGAAUGAAAAUAAUUAAUACUUAAAACUAGUAAAUUAGAUAGUCUUGUUUAUUUUACGAAGAAUCCUUCUACUUAUUAAUUAUAUGACAAUUU